CUUGAUAUAAUUACCAUGUAGUUUCCGAAUAAACCUACUCAUCAGCACGAACUUUUUUGGAGUUUUUUUGAUCUGUGGCCCGGUUCGAUCGCUGCCUGUGUUGUCAUUCCGUUUUCGUGCUCGUCAGCGACGACUGUAAACAAAUCGCGUGUGUCGAAAAUUAAAAAGAAAAAUGCCGAAAAGACCAUUUAAAGACAAGGACCAGGACAAAUACGGUGAAAUAAAGAGAUUAAAAAAGCAAUUUAGAGAAAUGCAAGAACAUUUAAAUAAGAUUUGUGAUUCUAGUGAAUCAUCUUCUGAAGUUUUUUCAACAUCAGAAUCGGAGGCUACCUCUGAUAUUCCAAAUAUUCCAGCCCCAGACGUCACAGUAGUAGAUACAGAAAUACCAGAAAAUUCUGAUCAAUAUUUUGACGCUUUAGGUUUAAGACCAGACUCAGGGGACAAUGAAGGCAAAGACUUACAUGAAGAAAUUGUUGUUCGCUGGCACAGCCACUUGAAAAAAGGGCUAUCUAAAGAACAGCGAGAAGAAUUAAUGUUAAAGUAUAAGGUGCCUGCAAAUUGCAAAGCUCUUCAUCCUCCCCAGAUAAAUAAUGAAGUACAACCUUGCCUAAAUAAGUCGGUUCUUGACCAUGAUCGUUUUAUCUCAGCGUUACAACAACAAUUGGCUCAUGGCUUAUCAGCAAUAGGGACAGUCAUUGAGGCUAUGAUGCCUAACAAAGAACAAGUAGAUAACAUGAAAUCAUUGGCAGAGGCCUGCCAAUUAUUCACUAACGUUCAUCAUGGACUUUCAGUUCACCGUAGAUUUAAAAUCAUACCACAUUUAAAUCCGGAAUGCAAAAAAGUCGUGGACAGUCUGGAAAUAGAUGAUUUUUUAUUUAAUAAAAAAUUUGCAGAUACAAUGAAAAAUGAACAAAUCAUAAAAAAGGCCAGUGCUGAUUUUAAAAAGAAGAAUUGGCAAACUAAAUUUUCAAGACCAUCAAUAAAUACAUCAAUGUAUCAUUUAAACUACCGGCGUGGGCCUCCCAGAGAGAAAAUGAAGGAAAAAAGGAGGAGGGAAGAAAAGAAGCCAUCAGGAUAUCAGAAGUAUCACAAGAAAGUCCCCAGGAAAUACCAUCGCCAGGAAUAGAUAUGGAGGAAGAUGUGAGUAAUUGCGCUGGUAGACUUUCGAGAUUUUUACAGAGUUGGAAACAUAUUACGAAAGACCGAGCGGUCUUAGACUGGGUCACAGGUAUUAAAAUACCUUUUAUUAAAAAACCUGUACAGUAUUUUGAGCCCUCUGUACAAAUCUCUGACAAACUCUUACCCCAGUAUAAAAAAUCCAUUCAGCAAAUGUUAGAAAUAGGUGCUAUCGAAGAGUGUCAUUCUUCAAUAGGACAAUUUAUAUCAUCUUACUUUAUAAUUAAAAAACCCUCUGGCUGUUAUAGGUUUAUUUUAAAUUUAAAAAGCCUUAACAAAUUUUUAUUUGCUCCUCAUUUUAAAUUAGAGAAUUACAGAACUGUAAUAAAACUUAUAAAUAAAAAUUGCUACCUUUCAAAUAUCGAUCUAAAGGAUGCAUAUUAUUUAAUUUCAGUUAAUAAAAAGUACAGAAAAUACCUGCGAUUUCGCUUCGAAAAUCGUCUAUAUCAGUUCAGUUGUUUACCAUUUGGUCUUAACAUCGCACCAUAUAUUUUCACUAAACUUAUGAAACCGUUAACAAAAAAACUGCGUCUUAUGGAAAUAAGUACUGUAUUUUAUUUAGAUGAUAUUCUUAUUAUAGGUAAAAAUAAAAAUGAAUGUAAAAAAUACACGAAAAUAGUUCUUUCAGAACUAGCCAAAUUAGGAUUUAUAAUAAAUAAUAAAAAAAGUAUGUUAAUACCUCAACAAACUAUUAGAUUCUUAGGGUUUAUAUAUAAUACUAAUAAAAUGACCAUUUCACUUCCUGGUGAAAAACGUAAAGCCAUUCAAAAUUUGAUUUUAAAUUUACGGAAGAAAAGGAAAUGCACAAUUAGGGAAUUUGCCCAACUAAUAGGCAAACUUGUAGCAUCUUGUCCUUCAACAAAAUAUGGUUUUAUUCAUAUUAAGCAGUUUGAAAAAAUUAAACAUUUUUUGUUGCGAGGAGACUAUUACAAUUAUAAUAAAAAGAUGCAUAUUCCAACCUCUUUAAAUAAUGAAUUAGAGUGGUGGCACAAUAAUAUAGGAUUAGGUCAAUCGAUAAAAUCUAAAAAUUUCUCACUUGAAAUUUUUUCAGACGCCUCCAAGACGGGUUGGGGAGCGUUUUGUAACGGUCACAGAUGUCACGGUUUCUGGAAUAAUAAAGAGCAGGUAAAACAUAUUAAUUUUUUAGAAAUCAAAGCCGCCUAUUUCGCCUUGAGAUCACUUGCUAAAGACAAAGAAAAUAUUUCCAUUUUAUUAAGAAUUGAUAAUCAAACGGCAAUAUCGUGUAUUAAUCGAGGUGGAAGUGUUAAAUACUCAUAUUUAGAUAAUAUUACAAAAGCUCUUUGGCAGUGGUGUGAAAAGAAGUGUAUUAUAGUAUUCGCUAGCUAUAUUAGUUCAUCUGCUAACUUUGAGGCAGAUAGAGAAUCAAGAUUUUUCUCAAUUAAUACUGAAUAUGAGCUAAAUGACACUGUAUAUAAUCAAAUUAUACAGAGAUUUGGUUCUCCGGAAAUAGAUUUAUUUGCAACUAGAAUUAACAAAAAGUGCAAUAAAUUUGUUUCCUGGUUUCCAGAUCCUGAGUCAUGGAAGGUUGACGCGUUCACAAUAAGGUGGUCAGAAUUUUUCUUUUACGCUUUCCCCCCCUUUUCAAUAAUUACUAGGGUCUUAGAAAAAAUUGUUCAGGAAAAGGGAUUAGGAAUUGUAGUAGUACCUUAUUGGCCUACACAGGCAUGGUAUCCCCUGUUCACUAAGUUGUUAUUAGAGAAACCUAUUUAUUUUAAAGCAAACAAAUUUUUACUUGUCUCUCCUUUCAGAGACUACCACCCACUACACGAGGAGAUUUCCCUGGUAGUAGGGAAAUUAUCCGGCAGGCUUAUAUAAGAAAGGGGGUUCCAGUGACAGCAAUAGAAAUAAUCGAGGCAUCUAUAUCAAAAGGAACACUUAAACAGUACACAUCUUGUUAUAAAAAAUUCUGGCAAUUUUGUGCUGACAGUAACAGGGAUCCUCUUGUUUAUAAGCUAGAAACAUAUUUGGAUUUUUUAUCCGAUGCCUUAAAAGAAGGUCUUUCAUUUUCUGUCGUCAAUUCUUAUAGAUCAGCUCUUAAUUUGAUAUUUAGUCCUAUAAGUAAUAAUGAUGAAAAAGUAAUUAAUCGUUUUGUGAAGGGAGUGUCUAAUAUUCGACCACCAGGACCUAAAUAUAAGAUUACUUGGGAUCCAGACCCUCUAUUAAAAUACCUAGGUACAUUAUAUCCUCUAGAGGCGUUAGAUUUAGAAUACGCAACUUAUAAACUAGUCACUCUUAUGGCACUGACAUCAGCCAGCAGAGUUCAGACUCUUUCUCUAAUUAAAGUUCAAAACAUUAAUAUAUCGGUAGACAGAGUUGAGAUUAAAAUACCAGAUAGAGUAAAAACAUCCGCUCCAGGCAGAUUCCAACCGCUACUAAUUUUUCCGUUUUUUAAGAGUAAACAAGAACUUUGCGUUGCGUCCACCAUUGCGGACUACAUUAAAAGAACGAAACCAAUACGCAAUACCGAAGAAAAACUAAUUCUUACCCAUAAAAAACCACACCGUUCAGCAUCUUCUCAGACAAUAAGCAGGUGGAUUAAAAAUACUUUAAACUUAGGUGGCGUAGAUACGUCCAUUUUUUCAGCCCAUAGUGUACGUCACGCUACAACUUCGGCUGCGUAUAAAGCAGGCGUAAAUAUAGAGAUAAUUAAAAAUACAGCAGGCUGGACUCCUGCCUCGAACACCUUCUUUAGUUUUUAUAAUAGACCUGUAGAAAAACCUCAAGAUAAAUUUGCCAAAGCCAUUAUUGAAUUGGGUUCUAAUAAAUCGUAGUGUUCUACUGUUAGUAGUAUUAAGUAUUUUUUUAUUAUUAUUUAGGUGUUAUCAAUAUAUCAUAUUCAUUCUAUUAGUUAUAAGUUAAAAGUUAAGUUCUUUACAUUAUAUACUCAGUAGUUAGUUAUAAACUCAGAGUUUAUGUUAAUCAUUUAUUAGUAAAUAUGUAAAAAUAUAAAAAAUAUAAUUUCCAAAGUUUUCUAAAGUUCAAAA